AUGGAGGCCGAGGAGGAGGAGGCACAUGCGCACCUCCGUCUAUCCCGGGCGCGAACUGCAGCGUCCUCCGUGGCUUUCUCUGCUGAGUUGGCCGGCGGAACUGCAGCGAGGCGGGCGCGCGAACGCGACGGCAAGUCGUGUUCGCGGUGCGAGCCGCUGCAGCGCUGCGCGCGCUGGCUUCUGCACAGAGCGUCCGCGCGCCCGCUGACGGGUCAGCCCAGGAGGCGCCUUUUUGCCUCUCUCUUGCUGCAACUCCUCCUCUUUCUCGCGCUCUUCGCUGGACACGCGUUGCGUCGCCGCGGCGCCCACGAAGUCCAUCUGCCGCUGCCCCCCUGCGGCGCCGCCGCCCAGCAGGCGGUGGCUAGCGGACUCGAAGACAGCGUGUGGAUGAACCGACACGCGCCAGAGGCCGCCGAGGACCCGGACGGCCGGACGCGGCACGGCAGGUCUCCAGGGUCGCCCGCGCCCCGUCCCCGGCGGUCGGCGGGGCGGUCGGCGGCCACGAGUUCUUCGCCUCUCUCGUCGUUCGCGAACCGGCAUCUCUUGCUGGGGUGGUAUGCAGACUCUCCUUUGGCUUUUGAGCAGAAGGACGCCUCCGCGAGCCGCGACGACGCGGCCGCCGCUUCUCUUGCUGAGGGCGGCGCGGCGGGCGACGAGGGACACUUUGUGGUUCUAGACACCGAGCUCCGCGGCCUGCUGCUCACGGCGGCCGUCGACGUCGUCCUCUUCUUGCUCGCCCUCCUCUGCUGGCUGCGCCUGCGCCGGUACCGCGGCGACGCCCUCUGCCAGGCGACGCCGCUCCGCUUCUCGCCGUUCUUCACGCAGCGAGUCAGUGAGACAGCCGCGGCCGCCCCAGCGGCCGCUUCCGCCGCCGCGUCUGCUUCUCUCCCGCGGGCGGAAGCCAGCAGCGAACCCGUGGAGAGGCCUGCUGCCGCUGCGCAGGGCGUGCCGCUGGAGGCGAUGGUAGAUCUCGGCGGCGCGAGGGACUCGCGAGCAGGCCGACGCGGAAGAACCGAAGAAGGCGCUGCGGACGCGAGAGAGGUCGUCGAGAGGAGCGUCGCCAGCGCAGAGGCGCCGCCGGGCGCGCCUUCUGCGCUCCGAGACCUCACGCUGCCGCUGCCUCUCUCCCCGCUUCUCUCGCCGCUUGAGCAGGCGCGCGCAGAGGACAGCCGAGACAAACCCGGCGACCAGGACCUCAGACAGUUUCACAGUGAUGCCCGGCAUGCCACUGCGCCGCUCUCUCCGCCGUCGCCUGCGUUUCCGCCGUCGUCUGCGUCUCUGCCGUCGCCUGCGUCUUCGCGUUCGCUGGUCUCUCCUUCUUCGCUGCCGCCGCAGGCGCACGCAGGACUGCAAAGACAGGGAGGCCGCGAGUCUUGCGGGUCUUCGCCGCGCCCACGGGAUACCUUUGAGGAGGGGAGGCAACACGGCGGAGGCGAGGCGGCGGCGCGCGCAGGUUCCCCCUUGUGCUGCUGCUCGCGCCGCGUCUGGUGCGCCCUACUUCCCUCGCCCUGCAUGUGUGUGAAGGCGACCGGCGCGUGGUUGCGUGUGACGUGGCGGACGCUCAGGGAGAUCUACCUCUCGAUGGAGGCGCCCUUCUGCCUCCUCCACAGGAAAAGCUGCACGGGGGACCCCCGGCGAGCGGGCGCGACGUGGCAAAGCGAACUCAGGCCCGAGCUUAAGGCAAGAGACAUCCGCGACCGCGAUCGAGGCGCCGGAGACGGCGCCCCUGACGAGGGCGACCCCUGCACUCUGCACCGCGGCGCGCUCUCUUUCUCUUCGCGCGCCCUCGAGGACGGGCCUGCGCAAGCCGCUCGCGACGCAGUCAAGCCCAGCACGAGAGACGAGGAAGCGAAGAGUGAGGGGAGGUCAACCUGCACGGCAUCCGUUCCUCUCAGCGACGCAGCGAGCAGAGAGUUUGAGGCGAAGGGAUCGCGGCGCCAGGCAAGCGGCGCGGGGGGCCCCACAGAUGCGGCGCGGGAACGCAGCGGCGCGGAGUUCCCCGAAUAUAUGCCGAGGCGCGAGGAGGUUCACGAUCUCGAUUUCGACUGUCUCUCGGGCGACAUGGCGGCGUACCUGCACUUUCUGCGGACAGCUAACGCCUGCUGCAAAGCGCUUGGUCUCGCAGGCGUGCUGAUCUUGAUUCCGCUGUACGUGACGGGAGAGACGCGGGGGAAGGGAGGCGUCUACACGCUGCUGGACUUGUGCACCGCUGUCGACAAAACUUCUCGACUCGUCCUUUGGUCGAUGUUCGCCGUCUCCUGGAUGUUCUCUGCAAUGAUCUACUACGCCGUUUACCACUUCUGGCGCUACCUCAAGGUGAUUCGCGCACGCGGCGCGCCUUCACGCACGAGUGCGGAAUUGCGCGCGUGUCUGCCGGCCGUGCCUCGGCGCAGAAGCCGUCAAGAGAACUCUCAGUCUGGGCGCGUCAUCGGGCGCCCGUCUCCUGGGCUCGGGCCUGUCGAAGGCCCCUGCUCGCCCUCCUCUUCGUCCUCGAUCUCCACGGCAGUCUUCCCCGCCCUCCCUCCCUCCGCGCCUGCUGCAGCGGCGCUCGCGGCUCCAGGGCGGAGGGGCGCUGGCGAGAGCCCUUCCAGCUCGAACGCGCGCCUUCCUCCUGCGUCGGGGGCGCUGGGGUCUGUAUCGUCUGGUGCCGUGGCUGCUUCCGCUUCUCCGCGCGCUGCGCCGCCGCCGCCUCGCGGGCUGGAGUCCAGCUUUCUGGUCCGGUCGCGCGAAGAGGAAGUCUGGCCUGUGCCUGCGCAGCAGUACGCCGUGAUGCUGACGAACGUCGACAGACGAGUCGUAGACCAGCGGCUGUUCGGGGCAGCGUUUGUGGAUCUUCAUCAGAUGUAUUGCGCGGUCUGCACUCCUGGGCGCGCGCGCCAGAUUCGGCUCCUCUAUGAGCAGCAGAAACGAAACGCAAGCGAGGCGCAGCGCCGCGGCACCCGCGCGCGGGCCGUCAGCGCGGACGACUCCGCGCUGCUUUCCCGCGAAGAGGAGCGGCGGAGAGACGCCAGCAACGCGAUGCUCGAGCGCCGUGAGACAGGCGCGCCGCGCAAGGCGGGCGAGGCGCGCGAACUGCGGAGAAGAGCCUCGCUUCCUGCCUUGUCGCGACCAAAGACCUCGAGGAGAGCGGAGAACUCGCGAAGCGCCGCUCGCCGCAGGCAAAGCGCCGCCGCCGCGGCCGCCGAUGAGCAGCAGCGAGGCGCGGGAGAUGAACAGAGUCUCACAGAGGUGGUGUCGACGGGAGAGGCGCGCUUCGCAGAGCGAAGAACCGUGGAAGGAGAAGAAGGGCAGGGGGAAGACGCCGGCGACGCAGGGCGGUCUCAGAGUGGGUACCGGGAUGGAUCAGCGCACAAGCAAAGAGUGCGUCGCACGGCGCCGAGCGACCCCGAGGAUCUGACGCGCAACACGGGCAACCUGAGGCGAGGAGACAGCAGCGAGGGAGAAGGGGGGGAGGCCGCUGACAGGCGACAAGAAAGCGAAGAAGGAGACGACAGUUGCGCGUGUUUCGUGGGCGGCGUCUCGGGCGCCACGUGCUCCUGCGUGCUCAGAGUUCGACUCGUCAUGGAAUGCGGAAAACACACCUGCGUCGAUGACUCUGUGCCGCCGCGGACCUCCCGGACGCUGUGUCGCUCGAGGCGCAUUGGCGGGCGGGCGGCGACUCCUGCGCCGCUUCGCCUGUCGCCAGGCACGCCGUUCGCCUCGUCUUGUGAGUCCGCGCGUUCGCUUUCUCUGCCGUCGCCUUCGCGGCCGCGGCCUGCAGCGGACGGCGCCGCGGCAGGUUCUCCGCGUGAACGCAGCGGUCGGCCGCCGCCGCUUUUGUCGCCGUCGCUUCUUCGGGAGGGCGCCGGCGCGCAUCCGUGGACGCACGAGAGUGGAUUCUUCGACGGCGACGAGCCCCGAGACGCGCCGGCGGCGAUCUUUACGCCCGCGCGGAAGGCGAAGGCGCGCCGUGGGGGGCGUCUGGCUCGAGGCGACCGCGACGACCUGCGCGCGCGAGGCUCAGAGGCGCGAGCGAACCGAGGCGCUCUGCGAGAAGAAGACAAGGCAGCGGCGGGCGAGGGCGCCGGAGGGCGUGGAGGCGACAGGACAAGCCUCGAAGCCCUCCCGCCCCCCGGGCUGGAGGGCGAAGACACGCAACCGAGUCACAGGCCCCCGUGCAAGCCUGUCGCGCCGUAUCGCAACGCCGGCGUGGCGUUUGUCGUCUUCGACAGCCACGCCUGCGUCAGGGAGUGUCUGCAAAACUCCUACCGGUACCGCGCUGCAAGUCGCGCGCACGGGCGUGCAGCGACUGGGAUCUCUUUUGCGCGCGUACGCUUCGCGCCCGCCCCGCCGCCGAUGGACAUCCAGUGGAAAAAUCUCCACAUUUCGCGGCUUCAUCAGAUGUGUCGAAUCGUGGGUUUGAACCUACUGCUCUUCUUCCUCUGUCUCACCAUCAUCUCGCCCGUCGCGCUGCUGAACGAACUCACACCGAUCGCCGAGUCGAUUGAUGAGCAGCUCGUAGAGCGGCGACUCUCGAGGCUGACGCUGACAGCCUGGUUGCCGCCGCUGAUUUUGCUCUGCAUCAAUAGUUUUGCGCAGCCACUCCUCGUCUACUACGUCGCGGCUGGAUCAGGCUACUGGCUCAAGUCUGUGCAGACCGCGUAUACCGUGCAUGGGAACAUUGUUUUUCAGCUUCUGAACACCCUGGUGAUUCCGCUUCUCUCUGUGUCUUCGAUUGAAUCCGUCGUCCGGAUCAUGUACUCGAACGAACUGCGCGAUUGGUCAGUCAUUCUGGGCUUCACGCUGAUGCACUCCAGCGGCAGCUUCGCGCUGCGGUAUCUGCUCAAUCUCUCCUUCCUGGGCACGGCGAACGAAAUGCUGCAAUUCUUCGCUCUCAUAAUCUCGCGUAUCGAUAGCUACUUCUACAACUCGACAGAGGCAAAGAAGUAUCCGUUCGAUAUAGGCUACGCGUACGCGCAGGCGCUCUCGGUCUUCGCUCUCGUCGUCAUGUUCAGCGUCGUGAUGCCGCUGAUCAUGCCCCUGGGCGUCCUCUAUUUUUGCUUCCGGUUCUACGUCGACAAAUAUAACUAUAUGUACCACGUCUACGCGAACAUCGACUUCAACUCAGACGGGCGGCUCGCCGUGACUGCCAUCCGGUACAUGCUCUUCGCCGUCUCGUUCAUGCAGUUCGCCAUGGCGGGGUUCUUCAUAUCCCAGGACGACCCGUGGUUGCCGGUGGGCGGCGGCCUCAUGCUUCUGAUGUCACUCAUGUCAUGGCUGGCACUUUUGUGCUACUCCAUCGUCCCGCCGGAGUCCAUUCGCGCAAGGCAAGCUGCGCGGCGGAAGAGCGGCGAGGGCAUUCCGAUUCUUCUCCCGCGGCAACGGCAGGAACUUAGGGAGGCGUACCGGCAGCCGUGUGGCGCCGCAUCCCUGUGUGACUGUAAUUUUUGA